GAGGGAGUUGGAGCGCCACAAGCAGGCUCUGGUGGUGACAGGAAGUCUAAGGAGUGGGAGGAGAAGAGGAGACAGAAUAUUGAGAAGAUGAACGAGGAGAUGGAGAAGAUUGCAGAGUAUGAGCGAGGCCAGAGGGGGGACGGAGACAGGCCCAUCCGGAACUUUCUGGACGACCCUCGGCGCUCCGGUCCGGUUCCGGACAUCGAUCGCAAGGAGGGAAGCCGACGGCACGUCCGGAACUGGGGCGGGCUGGACUUUGAGAACGUGAAGACGGGAGCCGAGAUGGAGAAGGAGUGGAGUAGUCGGAGGCCGGGUCCUAAGGGGACAGACAUGACCAUGUCGAUGACGGGGCGUGAGCGGGCCGAGUACCUGCGCUGGAAGAAGGAGCGUGAGCAGAUCGAUGAGGAGCGUCUGGCGCGCCACCGCAACGCCACGGGCCAGUGGAGACGAGAGUGGGACGCCCAGAAGACCGACACCAUGUUCAAGGAGGAUCCAGCUUUGGCCUCUGAAGGCAACACACCUGACCAGGGAGGACGCAGAGAUGACAGUAAACGCCCCCCCAAGGCGCCCACGUUCGGAGACUUCCUGGGUGAGGGGCGUGGCCGGGAGGGUGGGCGUGGGGAGCGUGCCCGGGGGCGGGGUCAGAGCAAGAGUUACAGCAUGCAUGAUAACCGCUGGGAGGGAGAGAAGGAGGACGAGGAGAAAGAGAAGAGCGACAAGCCCAAGAGAGAGGAGAGGAUGAAGGAGGGAGAGAAGGCCCGAGGCUCCACGUCACAGAAGGCGGGGGAGAAGAGUGGAGGAGGAGAGGAGGAUGAGGACGAGUGGGAGGACGCCAGCGAUGGGGAGGAGGAGGAGGAGAUCUCAGGGGAUGACGACUCCGAGGAGGAGGAGGAGGAGGGCAGGAAAGACAGAGAGUCCCAGAAGGAGAAAACGACGAGGACAAAAAUCCAGACCGCCAACUCCCCUCUCUCCCCUCCCCCUACCUCCUCUCCCUCCCCCUCCUCCCCCUCCUCGGCAGCCAGCCCCAGACAGCAGCGCACCCCCCGGCCCAAGGUCCACAUCCCCCCCCCGCAGGCAGCGCAGGACUCCCCGGAGGGGGCCAAGCCCCUCAGCCCCUUCACCCCCCUGGAGGGCCACCAGCCUGUGUCCGACUGGGGGGAGGAGAUGGAGAUGAUGUCACCGCGCAGCAGCCUGGGAGAGAGUCCUCUGAAGCCCCCCAGUGCAGAGAGCAGCCCACCCCAGGCCCAGAGCAGCCCCCAGGCCCAGAGCAGCCCACCCCAGGCCCAGAGCAGCCCCCAGGCCCAGAGCAGCCCACCCCAGGCCCAGAGCAGCCCCCAGGCCCAGAGCAGCCCCCAGGCCCAGAGCAGCCCCCAGGCCCAGAGCAGCCCCCAGGCCCAGCCUCUGGCCAUGUCAGAGCCCCAAAAGGAGAGCCAGGACCCUGGCCUGGACAAGCAGGCAUCGGCAGUAGAGAAGGAGGACGUACAGAAAGUUAUAGUUUCUGAAACGGCACCAGAGGACACCCCUGCCCUGGAGACAACAGCCCCAACACAGCCUGCCUCCAGCCCCCCCACACAAGCCCCCGAAACAGAGGCCCCCUCAGCCUCUCCCCCAGCCAGCCCCAGCCCAGCCCCAGGCCUCCCACCUCAGGAAUCAGCGGAGGCCCCUCCCCCUGUGGAGGCCCCUCCCCCUGUGGAGGCCCCUCCCCCUGUGGAGGCCCCUCCCCCUGUGGAGGCCCCUCCCCCUGUGGAGGCCCCUCCCCCUGCGGAGGCCCCUCCCCCUGCAGAGGACUCUUCUCUAGCAGCUGUUCUGGAGACAGACCAGACCCCACCGGAACCGGCCCAGGUAACCGCCGGAGAGCCCGCCACCUCCAGACCGGAGGCGGAGAACGAGCGCCUGUCGGAGCAGCCGUCCUCAGGCUGAGACGUGAGCCCAUCUGGACAAACUGACUUUCCACUGCUAGUGGUUUACAGAGGCUGGAGGGGGAGAGGAGGAGGAGGGGGUGAUACCACACCUCUUUCUCAGUUGGCUUGAUUGAGACCGCCAGCGUAGACUAAAGAGGAGGAGCCAUGUAGCUACCUGGACCCUAAAACACACACACUUACACACACACACACACUCACACACUGUCUCCCCUCCCUCUCCUCUCGCUUGUACCUUCAACAGUGUCAGGUUCCAAUCAGUCUGCCACACAGAGAGAGAACGGGGUUCUAACACAGGUGGAACCAAACCUGCUACCUUGUUACUGUGGCGAUGAUGAUGAUGAUGAUGGCGGUAAGCGACAGUGAGGACGGUGUGAUUUGGCUCUCAUACAUUGUCCUGACACGUUUUUUAAUAGUUUUGUUGAGUUUGUGUGUUUGUUAUAUUAGUGUGGGAUGAGUCACUGCUUGGUUUGUGUUGCCACCCUGAGACCCCACCUCAACACUACUGCUUUCCAGAAACACCCUUUUCCUGUUCGGUUAGUUCAGAGAGACAGGGAGGGAGACUGACAGGGAGAUAGAGUGGGUGGUAAUGCCCACUGCGAUGUUCUGGAAGCGGGCAUUAUUUAGCAUGAGAAACAGUAAAGUGGAACAUCGUCUAGAAUAAAUGUUUACAUGAGCUUGAUUGCAGCUAAAAGUGUUUCAUUCGUCCUGGGCCACACCCUCCCUCUCCCCUCUCAUUCUAUCAAUAAAUAAUGUGUGAGUGUGGGUAAUCUGUGGUUAUCUGUCUAUAAAGUUUGUAUUGACUGUUGAUCACUCAUAUGGAACAAAGGAAUUGAACUGGGGUUCAGAUUAACAAUGUACAGAGCACCUGUUAUCACCUAAUCAUGGACACGACUGUAAAUAUGAUUGUGGGAAGAGCGUUUUUAUUUGUCUGUUGAUAAUUAUGCUAUCACAUCAGGAGUCUUUUUUCGUUCUUUUUUUUCUUUUUCUAUUUCUUUAGAUUUUCUCAUUAUGUGACCCAGUGUUUUUAAAUGUGAUUGUGGGGCAGUGACUGAAGUGAAGGCAGGUGUUUGUAACAUCUAAUGCUGGUUAAGGGUGUCAGUCAGGCGUCUCGUCUCAUCGCAUCUGUGACUGGCGGGGCUCGUGCCUGUUCACGUGCUGUCGUUUUCAUUAAGGGCUGACACGAGGUGUCGCUUACCUCUGCCGCCGAGAGUUUUGGGAUUUUUCUUGUUUUUAAGUUGGCCUUUUCACAGCAUCAUGAAAUUAUUGUAAAAACGAAUUGUCUCGGAUUUUGAUGAGUUUAAACUCUGAUCAACCUUUGCUUUAAUUUUCCAAAAGAAACUGAAUGAUGUAAUUGUGAGUGGAUGAAUACAUGGUUACGUGAGGAACUGCAAUAUGUACAGUUUUUAAAAUGCAACUGAACAUUCCAAGGUUGUGUGAAGACGUAUGAAAAGGUUAUUUUCUUUGUAACUUGCUUUGUUUUUAUUUCAGUUUGUGACGCGUGAUUGUAUAGACCUUCGGGCAUUACGUUCAACCUGCUUUAGGCUACCCGUCUUCCGGUUGCACCAGAAACUGCUUUAUGAUGUUUUUGGUUUUAAUUUGCCUUCAGAAUGGGAUGUCAAUAUCCCGAUUUAGCUUAAUAUAAAAAGAUUUUUCAGUGUAGUUUCCGAAUUAAUCAUUGUCCCUAUAAGAUACCCCCCCUCCACCUUUUUAAGAACACUUCAGUCAUCGAAGCAAGUUUUUAAACGGCUUUUCUUCCUAGAAAGGCUAAUGUGACGUUUGUUAUUUGCCAUCUAAUAUGCACGUCAAAUGUAUCGCCUUGGUUUAUUUUUGCUUUUGAGUUCCCGUAUCCAAUAAAUGUAUUUGUCUGGUUGUCA